AAAGAGCUUUGCGCCGAAGAAGAAGAAGAAGAAGAAGAAGAAGUGUCGCGAGCUCGCUCCACAAAAAUCCAACGCCACUCAUCGUUCUCUCAGUCCCCAUCACCAUCAAGAAUCGCCCAAAUUGCAGAUCCAAUCUCCGAUUCUUGUGUUCAUCGACGACCCAUUUCCUCCGGCCAUAUCACCAUCCAUCCAUUCCAUACGGAUCGAACCGAAGAGAGAUGGCGACCCCGGCCCCGCCCGACUUCAAGAACGCCGCGGCGGCGGCCAAGGCGGUCCUGUCCGCCGCGGCCUCCGUGACGGCCGCCGCCAUGGUGGUGCAGUCGGCCGUCCACACCAUCUUCCCCCGCCGGUUCCGGGGCUUCCUCGUCUCCGGGAUCCGGGGCUUCCUGGGUCGCUUCUCCGACGAGAUGACCAUGGUCGUCGACGAGUACGACGGGUUCGUCCAGAACGAGCUCUUUGAGGCGGCCCAGGUCUUCCUGGCCGCCAAGCAGUCCCCGUCGACGCGGCGCAUCCGGGUGACCAAGCCCAAGAAGGAGAACCACUUCACUCUGGCCAUGGACCGUAACCAGGCGGUGGUGGAUACGUUUCGCGGGGUCGAGCUCAAGUGGGUCUUCGCGUCGAGGCAAGUCGACUCGGGCCACCGAGUUCAUCAGGGCCGGAACUCGACGGUUCAGUCCGAAGUUCAGUACUUCGAGCUCACCUUUCACAGGAAGCACAAGGAGAUCGUGCUCAAUUCCUACCUGCCUUUCGUCGUCGACGAGGCCAAGUCCAUGAAGCAGGGGAAGAAGACGUUGAAGCUACACACCCCGAGCUUCGGCCGCGUCUAUGGCGGUCCUCUCUCAGAUGCGUGGGCCCCGGUGAACCUCGACCACCCGGCGACAUUCGAGACGCUGGCCAUGGACCUAGAGCUCAAGAAGAUGCUCGUCGACGAUCUCGACAGGUUCGUGAGGAGGAAGGAGUACUACAGGAGAGUCGGCAAGGCGUGGAAAAGAGGGUACUUAUUGUACGGACCCCCCGGCACAGGGAAAUCGAGCCUGGUCGCGGCAAUGGCCAAUUACUUGAACUUCGACAUAUACGACCUAGAGCUGAGCGGGCUCCGGAGCAACUCGGAGCUCAGGAGGCUGCUCGUCGCCACCGCGAAUCAGUCCAUAUUGGUGGUCGAGGACAUCGAUUGCACUAUUAAGUUGCAAGAUAGGAUGUCCCAAAUCCGAGCGGCGAGCAUGAAUACUAUGCCGACUGGUCCGCAAGAAGAUCGAGGUACAUUGUCUGGAUUCCUCAACUUCAUUGACGGGCUUUGGUCGAGCUGCGGCGAUGAGCGGAUCAUAGUCUUCACUACGAACCACAAGGAGAAAUUAGACCCGGCCCUGUUGCGCCCAGGGCGCAUGGACGUGCACGUUCCCAUGUCCUAUUGCACCCCGUGCGGGUUCAGGCUUCUCGCUUCUAAUUAUCUCGGGAUCGAUCGCCACGAGCUCUUCGACCAGAUCGAGAGUUCGAUCGCGACGGCUAGAGUCACUCCGGCCGAAGUAGCCGAGCAGUUGAUGAAGAGCGACGAACCGGAGGUCGCUCUCCGGGACAUGGUUUCCUUCCUCGUUGAUCACGAGAGGAAAGAAAACGAAGGAGUCGUUAAGGAGAAAGUUUGUCAGUGUCAAACGGUUCAAGAAAAUGGAGGGAGUGAAUUAAUAAAUAAAUGAAUAAUGGUAUUUUCCCAUCGUUUUUAUUCAGACUAUGUACUAAGAAAGAUGAUAUGCGAGAACUUUGUACAUAUUUUAAUUUAAUUUACUUGCCUUAUUAUA